AGGCUGUAAGAUAGAAAAAGGCAAAAAGAAAACUACCCGAGUGAUCAUAAUGACAAAGGUCCGUUACAAUUGGCUGGCGGGUUCCACGAGUCUUCUUCUCUUCUCAACUCUCCCUCCUUUUCUCUGCAAAAACCCUGCACAGAAGAAGAGGACAUGGACCCCUCCGCAACCCCUCUUCUGCUUCCCCCUCCCUCUCUGACACCUCCCUGACUGCAAUCACAAAUCUCUAUACAUCAAUAUUCCCUUCUUUUUUUUUUGUUAAAAAAAACCCGAACAUGUCUCAGUUUCCGUCCAUCUUCUUCAAAAAACAAUAAAAUACUCAAAAUCGCAGUUCCAAUAUCAACCGUCAGAUUCAAGUUCCCACCAUGGUUUCUAUUCUGUACAUUUCUCAUACAUCUGUGACCACCGCUUUCUCCGUGCACUGAAAAGAACCACUGAUCCACAAAACAAUGCCCUCUCCUUCUAGAAUUAUUACACAAUCACCAUGAAAACCACACCGUUUCAUCUCUUGAUCAAACUUGCUUUCCUUUCUCCUUGCUAUGGGCUGUGGAGGAUCUAAGGUGGAUGAUUUACCACUAGUAACUCUCUGCAGAGAGCGCAAAGAAGAAAUCAAAGCUGCUUCCGACCACCGCUACGCUCUCGCUGCUGCACACGUGGCUUAUUUCCAUUCACUCAGGGAAGUCGGCGACGCGAUUCGCCGAUUUGUCGAUGAAGGGCUCGUGAUCGCCUCUUCCUCUACUUCUCCUGCCUCUCCCGUACUAACAUUACCGCCUCGCGAAGGAAAAUCCAGGCACAAAUCGAAGGAUUCCUCUGCUUCAACCUCACUUUCGCACUCUGCAGACAGCAAAAGUAAAGACGACGAGGUUGAAGAUUCGCAUUUGCAUUUGUCUUCCGGGUCGGAUACCGAAUCGGACUCAUCGGGUCAUAUCCGCUUUCAUGACACCCCUGAAGAGGAAGAAGAAGCCGUAAGAGAGGUGCCUCCAACCUCUUACAAUAAUAAUUUUACUGAUUAUCAACAACCUCAAGGAAAUUGGGGCUUUCCUAAUUAUUCAGGAGAUAACCCGUACUAUAACCAGUACCCGUAUCCAUACCCGCAUGAGAAUUCGUAUUCUAAUACGUUUUAUAUGAAAAGGUCUGCUACCCCGGCCAAAAAGGUGGUGUAUGAGGACCCGUCUGUAAAUGGGUCUUCGGGUUAUUAUGGAGGUGGGUAUUUUGGGUACCCGAUGAUGGGAUCGCCCGCAAGACAGCCAUCUCCCGAAAAGCCACCACCGGUGCCACCAUCGCCACCGAAAGUGUCGACAUGGGAUUAUUUCAACGUGUUUGAUGCAUACGAUAAUGGUGGGAGUGGUGGGUAUCCGGGUUAUUAUCCCAAUGCGAGAUACGGGUAUGGGUCGAGUACCAGUAGCCUGGAUUCGAAGGAGGUGAGGGAGAGAGAAGGGAUACCUGAUUUGGAAGAUGAAGCGGAGCAAGAAGCGAUGAAAGAGGUUCAUAAAGAGAAGAAGAAAGCGAUGAAAGAGGUUCAUAAAGAGAAGAAGAAAGCGAGUGAAGACAUGGAUUUGAAUGGGAAAAUGAAAUUUAAUGAGGAAAUGAAGAGGAAUUACGGAGAGGGUACUUCAAAAUCUGGGCAUAUUGCAAGUAGUAGUGAGAGUUUAGAGUCAAUUAAGGGUAAAGGAAUUAAGAGCAGUAUGAGUCCGGAUACAAUUCAGAGUCCUGAUAGCAUUGUAUCGAAGAGUCCCGGAGAGGGGACUGUGAGGAAAAAGGGGGUCACUUUUGAGGUUGAAGAUGCAUCUAAUGUAACAAUGGAUGUUGAGUCUUCAAAGCAUAGUAGUGUUGCUACUUCUACUACUACAUUGUCGGCUCAUGGCACAAGGGAUCUUCAAGACGUGGUCAAGGAAAUCAGCGAUGAGUUUGAGACUGCUUAUGAUUAUGGGAAAGAGGUUGCAUUAAUGCUUGAGGUGAGCAAGUUGCCUUACCAACACCAGCGAAGAAGUACCCUGCUUAAAGUGAUUCUUUCCAGGAUCCUGUAUUUGGGGUCUUCCCACCCUCCUGCAAGGCCAUCAGCACGCAUUUCUUCUAGGACAAUGAAAUUGGCUAAAGCUUAUGCUGCCGAACCUGGAAAUGACUUUGACCCAAGGCACAGAAACCUUUCAUCUACUCUACAGGAAAUUUAUGCUUGGGAGAAGAAACUAUACAAGGAAGUGAAGGAUGAAGAGCGGCUACGAGUCAUGUAUGAAAAGCAGUGCAAAAGGUUAAAAAUAUUGGAUGACCGUGGAGCUGAGUCUAGUAAAAUUGAUGCUACACAGGCUUCAGUAAGAAAAUUGCUGACAAAAAUCAAUGUUUGUAUCCGAGCUGUUGAUGCUAUAUCUAGUAAGAUACACAGGUUGAGGGAUGAAGAAUUGGAGCCUCAGAUCACUAAAUUGAUUCACGGAUUGAUAAGGAUGUGGAAGUCCAUGCACAAAUGUCACCAGAAGCAGUUCCAAGCUAUCAUGGAAAGCAAAGUUCGCUCUCUUAAGGCACAGAGAGAUUCUGGUUUGAAAGCCACGGUUGAACUUGAAAUGGAGCUUAUCAAUUGGUGCACCUGCUUUAACAACUGGAUUAAUACCCAAAAAUCUUAUGUUGGGUCAUUAAAUAGGUGGCUUUUAAGGUGUCUUAACCAGGAACCUGAAGAAACCCCUGAUGGGAUUGCGCCAUUUUCCCCAAGUAGGAUUGGUGCUCCGCCUAUUUUUGUAAUUUGCAAUGAUUGGUACCAGGCAAUAGGUAGGGUUUCUGAGGAGGGAGUUGAAAAUGCGAUGCUUGGUUUUGCUUCAAGUUUGCAUCAGUUGUGGGAACGGCAAGGUGAGGAGCAACGACAGAGGAUCAAAGCAGAGUACCUUACAAAGGAUUUUGAGAAACGGCUUAAAACCCUACGUAUGGAGAAGGAAAGGAUCGAGCAUGAGCAUGAUGCAUCAUUAGAUAAAAGUACGUCAAAGGUUCCUUCAGAUAGUGGAAUCUCACCGCUAGAUGAUCUGAAGGUGGAUUUGGAUUCAAUGAGGAAGAAAUUGGAAGAAGAGAGAGCAAGGCACAAGGAAGCGGCCAAAUUAGUUCAUGAUGCAGCUUCUAGUAGUUUACAAGCAGGUUUGGUCCCAAUUUUUGAGGCUUUGGGCAGCUUCACUUCAGAAUUUUUGAAAGCUCAUGAAGAAAUUAGGCUUCAAGAUGCUGGACGCCCAUAGGAAAUGCAUCAGCAUGUUUUACCUGGAUCACUUAUAAUCGAUCCGUAGGAAAGGAAAAAAAACAAAUAUACCAAUAGAGAUUAGGCACAAUGGGUUGAAGAACCACUUAGAUAACACAAUGAAGUAGAAUUGCUUAUAGAAAUUUGUGAGGUCAAACGUUGUUUCCUUUACAAUUGGUUCUUCCCUAACCCUUGAAUAGAUAUGUAGGAAAUUUUGUACAGAAAUUCAUUUAUUGGUUGAUUGGUUGUUGGUGGAUGUACCUGGUGUAGCUGGACUGGAUGGAGGAUUCAGAUGGUUUAUGUAUGUAGACUUUUUGAUGUAGGAAAAAAACGUAAUUUUUUUCAUUGAAGUACUUGGUAAUGAAAUUGAGGAGCUCUACUCAUUUUUGUUCCUA